CGAAAAAUGAAGUGUUGCUGCGUGGCGAAUGCUAGCCAACUGAUCGCUAUCGCGACAAUUGCAUUUAUGGCUAUAUCGACAGGUGUCCAGCCAGCGCACAGUGCAAAUAUACUGGGUGUUUUUUCUCAGUCCCAGCCCGUCUCAUUUAAUCGUACACAUGUCGAUUAUGAAAACACUGGCUGAGCGGGGUCACAAUGUCACUGUCGUCACCGGGCAAAAGCCAAAGGUGAAUCAUGAAAAGAUACAUAAUAUUAUAAUUAAGCCGGCGGAGGCGCUUAAACGAGAAAUGAAUGAAGAAUUGGCCGGCUUGGGUGCGAAAAAACAAAGUAUGCUGGAAAUGUUGACGAGAGUGAUAACUGCCGAUACUGUAAUGUUUACUAUACAACUGGAUGUACUCAAGAAUGAACGAUUGCAAGAGAUCUACGAAACCAAUUAUGAUUUGGUCAUUAUGGGCUACUUCAUGAACAACUUUCAAUGGAUUGUUCCUGCCAAACUAAAUUGCCCGAUGAUACUCAGUUGGACGGGACAGCCGAUGGAGAUGAUUAAUGAAUUAGUGGGGGUACCGCACGAGGCAUCUUAUGUACCGAAUGUAUUUAUGCCGUACAAAAAAGGAGAGGUUAUGAACUUCAGCUCACGUCUGUUUAAUCUUUUUGGCAGCACAGCAUUUCGUUUAUUCACAUCGAUAUUGGAUAUUAGUUUGGCGGCGCGCUACAAAGAACUGGCUGCAGGCGAUAUCAAUAUCCGUACAUAUUCCCAGAUGAAAGAAAAUGUUUCGUUAAUCUUUUGCAAUAGCCAUUUUAGUGAGGGGCCUAUACGGCCGCUGGUGCCAGGAAUUGUUGAGAUCGGUGGCAUACGAAUCAAAGACAAACCGGACCCAUUGCCAAAGAACCUUGCAGACUUUCUGAAUGCCUCCAAACCAAAUGGUGCCGUACUCUUUAGUUUGGGUUCCAAUAUGAAGGGUUCCAACGUACAACCGGCUACAGUGCAAAUCGUCUACAAAGUACUUUCCUCGCUCAAACAAAAUGUGAUUUGGAAAUGG